AUGAAUUCAUGGCAGUGGCAGAGAUUGCGUGCUCUCGUCAUAGAUGCAGCCGCCAGGUUUCUCAAUACACAAUGUAGAUAUGAACACCAGGAUCCCGAAAUGGUUCGUUUGUUCUACCAGGCGGUUCACGCUACAUGGCCAGAAGUUGCAGCGAAAUAUCCCAAUUCAUGGGUUCUGGUCUGGUAUCUAAGGAUAUAUCUGUUGAAACGAGUAUAUCGGAAACGGUGGUCUGAUAAAAUCGCUCGUGAGAGGGCUAGCAGCCAACUCAGACGACUUCGCACAAAAAACACAAAUCAAUCGUCCGUCCGUCAAAUCGAUACCGGUGCUUCACAAGCCCGUGUAGCCAAGAGAACUCGAGGGAGGGCUAUUACCUGUGAUCGGCCUGUUUCCCCAUCUGGUCCAGAAAUUAUCGUGUCACCUGCAAUGCAAUGCUCUGCUGUCAUCGCUCAUCAGCACAGCGGGAGCUCAUCUUCUCUCGCCUCAGCACAAUCGCACAGCAUAGUACCCAUUCAAAGCUCUCAUGCAGUCUUUCGGUUUCUCGACUCGAUGACACCCAGUCUAGUAAAACUUGUUCCGGAUUUCCUUUCUGCUGGGAUUUAUGAUCAGAGCCAUCUGGAGGACUUCUUUACGUGGCCCGAGAAGGCUCAACGUAACUUUCUUCUCAAGACAUUUGUUGGAAAAAUGAACGCGUUGGAGUUAGGAGCAAUGCUAAUAGCGUUGAAUUGUAGACGCCAUGGCUAA